GGAGUAGAUGGAAGAGGCAGGAUGAGAUGAAUCAGCAACAAUCUUUCCAGUGGGCUUUGUGACCCUGCUGCUGUAGUUCUACUACAGCCACUGAUCCCUUCCACUGUUCUGACUACGCCUUGGAAUUUGGCCAAUUCCUGUGCGAUGGAGGACUCAAACCAGAUGAUGAUUGAUGAGGUCUCAAAACGACAGCUCUUUUCGUCCUCAAAUGUUCUCUGCUGUCAGAUAUAAAGCUCUCGACUAUGUUUUUGAGGCUACAACCAGUCUGAAAGUAACCAUGAACCUGUUAGCACUGCCAGUACCUUACUUUACUGGUACCAGUGACCUCUACCCUCACAGUGGCAAGCUGCCUGAAGUCACCUACAGGACACCAUGGAUCAGAGAAAAAGUGAUUGCUACCUGCAAACUAUUCGUUUGUGGUUCUGUUCUUGAUGACCUGAGAGGGAAGAAGCAACCAGUUAAUUUACCAGAAAGAUUUAAUUCGACUCUGAGUGAGGUGGAAGGUGAUGUGGACGCGAUACCCAGCUCUAAUCCUGACUCGCUGAAGGAUCUAGACCCGGGUGUGUUUGUUUGCUUUUUAAAAGAGUCACAGAUCAGUGAUCCAUGUCAGGAAUCUUUUUUCAAGUGGACAAGUGCCCAGAUGAACCCUGCAAAUGAGGACAAAGAUCUGCUGCUGCCAGAAGAGCUCAUUGUUGUAGAUUACCUGCAGCAAUUUAAGGGACAUCUACCCACGCUGAAAGCCAAACUGUCCAGGCUGAGAACUCUUCCUGUGGCCGACCCCCUACUGAGCUCAACAGGAGAUACCAUCUCUGAGGACAUAAUAUUCAGGCAUCUUGCACCUUAUGAAAAACCUCCUGAUGUGUGCACCAGUGACACUAAGACAUGUGCAAACAUUCAAGAGGAGUUUGGAAAAGAGUCACUCAUUAAGGAAGAGUGUCUACUGUUGCCUCUUGUAGUAGAUGCUCUUCAACUGACCACAGAAACCUCCCCCAGCCUUUCAAGCAUUUGUGGUCUUAUGAAUGUUGCUCCUGAACUGCUGGAUGAGCAGCAUCCAAUCCUGGAUGUGCUCUGUCAAGCUUCCCUCCCAGACGCUUCAGUAUCGGUGGACAUUUCCCAGUACGUUGUACCACAGGAGGCAAGCGACAAAGAAUAUAUGAUGAAUGUUGGCCUGAUAGAGUCAGAGCUGGCAGGAUGUAUGGCGCUUCCAAGUGAAAUGGAGCUGGACUUGGUUCUGACCCCAACCUUCAAGAACGGUCGAACCAAAUUGUGUCUGUUCACUUCUGAACUCCAAGUGGAAGAGUUACCUCCACUUUCCAGACAAUCUUUGGUGUCAGCUGGAGCUCAGAAAAAGAUGGAGAUGGCACUUUGGAAGGCAGAGAAGCAUCCAACUUUUGUGGUGGGCUUUCUGUUGGCAGAUCCUCAAAUACAUGAAGCAGCUGUUGACUUCCAGCCUUUGUCUGAGGCCUUCAAAGUCAUUAAAUCAGAGAAGCGUGGUUUCAUCGAUGUUGGUGACGAGCUGCAGUCACAGACAAGGAAAGGUGCCCCACUGGUGUAUUUGUGCAGCAACUGCGAGUUCACAGAAAGCAUGCGAUCUAAGUGUCCUGUUACCAAGGAGGAAGAAUUGGAAGACUUUGAAAAACUGUCACCUGAACCCGAGGAGUUCAGAUUCAUCCUGAUGAAUCACAGAGACAACAUUCAGUUACCUCACCUGGACAAAUGUCAAAGUGCUGCUUCUCAUGCUGAAGCUACUACACACAACAUCCGUCUCCAGAAAGGAACUGCUGCUGAUAUGUGUCAGAAUACCGUCCUGAUGCACACUGUCAACACAAACAACGAGGAAGUCAAAAAUGCACCCCUAAUGUUUUCAAGACUUAUUGCUUCCACCAACACCAAAGAUGAAGUUUCAGAUGGGAGGUUUCCAGAAGUUGCAGCCACAUCGUCUGCAUGUAAGAACAACAUCGGUGCAGGUAGAGUUGACUGUAAAACUGUGCAGAGCAGUCACAUGCCUGAUCAGGCCAUGUCCUCCGGGCUGGAUACGAGACGUCCACCAGAGGAGGACCUUGACCCUCUGUCCUCCUUCAUGAUACUAAGAUCCCAGCAGACAGCUCCAGUGACUGCAGCGCCUCAGAGCUCAGCCAGUAUUCCAGCACCAAAAGCGGGUCAUCCAACACCGGUAUCUGAACUGCAGCCUCUUCCUGAGCCGAUGUCAAGACCGGACAGGAGGCCAACAUAUAUUAGUGGUGUUGUGUCAGGAGCUGCUACCAGAGAGCAGAAAGCAGCUGGCCAGUUGAUAGGUCAGCUCAUCGGUCAUCCUCUCAGUCAGUCCAACCCGGAGGAGAGGCAAGACAGCAGCGUAGUACAGGUCCAAGCUACUGAUAGUCAGCAGCAUGCCUACUGUGAGCUGCUGGCGUUUGCUCAACCUUGUUUGAGCUCUGCCCGGCAGAUGGGGCUCAACAUCUCUGCGUGGGGAGACUUCAGCUGCAUCGUCCCAGACCAAACACACUUCCUCCUCAAACAGCAGGAAAAGGAGCUCUGCAGGAUGCAUGCAGAGAGUGCAGAGCUGGCCAGAGAUCAGCAACAGCUUUUCAACCAGGUGGCUCUGACCCAUGUGCUGGUGACAUUCAAGGAGCUGCUGCUGAAGUGCGACCUCAGUGCUGCACUGGAGUACCUGACUAAGGCAGCUGAGGGAUGUGCAAAGCAGAGUCUGGAGCAGCUGGUGAAGAGGUUGCAGAUCAUCCUCUUCCUCAGUCACAAGAACCAGGAGUUGAACUUCAAACUGCACGAGCUGCAGCAGCUGCUGGCUGUGUGGCUUCACAGCAGGAAAGGACAGAGCAAAAUAGAGAAAGUUCUAGUCAUAUUAUCAGUUGACUCUGAUGACAGCAGAUCAAUAAUCAUCAACAGCUUGAGCCAAGUGGCAGAAGGUGCAGCUGUAACUGUGGUUUGUCCUGAGGAGAACAAGACCAAACUGAAUGGUGCCAGCGUGGUCAGCAGCGUGUGCGACUGUGUGUGUGUGGUGGUGUGUGAGCAGUACAUAGGCCCUGACUUCCCCUGGAACUGUUUCUCUCUUGUGGUGGAGUAUGACCAUCCAGGGCAGUCUCCAUGGUCCACAGUCUGCAGAGAGAGGAGCAUUAGACACCUCCGCUUCAACACCAUCCUCCACGAUGAGGAAAACGCAUCUUGGUGCCUGGAGAACAAUGUGCCCUAUGUGCUGUUUGCGACAGAGGGGCUUGUUAACUGUCCACUGCUGCUACAGACCCUCGAGUCAGGGUUUAAUAUAACUGUGCUGGAGAAGAGCCACUGUACGUCCUUGCAGAUGCUGGGAGGGACUGAUCACUACUCUGUGAUCACAGUGGAUGAAAGCACUGCAGUCAUCAUCCAGGAGCAGGAUGAACUGUGGGAGGAGCGAGCCGGUGAGGGACUGGUGAUGAGGCUGGCUGCACUCUCUCUUCAGUACAGCUGCUGUUGGCUCAUCCUGCACUGCCCGGACAUCCAGGGAGGAGGAUUUUCCAGCGAAGCCUUCAGCAACUUGGUGCUGGUUUAUGCAUCUCUGGUGCUUUUUGGGAUGAAGUCUGAGGAACUUGAUGUCAAGGUGCUGAUAGUGUCAGAGGUGUUGGAAGUAGCCAAGUGGAUCAGUCAGAUCUGCUUCCACAGCCUAAUGUCAGCUGACAGGGACCCUCUCAGCUACUUGAACAGAGACUGGCUGACUGUGAUGCCUUCACAGGAGGAAAUGUGUCUGUUGCAGUUCCCAUGUAUUAGCCCUCUGGUUGGUCAGCUGAUGCUGAGGAGAGCACCGUCCUUCCAGUGGCUCCUGGAGGCCCCCCUAUCUCAGCUGAAGUUGCUGCUCCCUGAGGUGCCACAUAAAGUCCUCAAGCUGUUCAGUGAAAUCACCUCCCUGUACACGCUGAGCGCAGACUCCACUCAGCGAGAGUCUCAGACAGUCUUCACUGACACAUACCAGUGGACCAGCACUGAUGAAUCUGAGCAUAUUAAAGCCUUCUUUUCAAAAUCCUCAAUCAUCCAACAUCCAGAACUGGUCUGUAGCGACCACAACACCUACUUUAUGUUUGGAGCUGAGAAUGCAGAGGGCAGUUUCUGUGAAACAGACCCAGACUCACCAGUGCAGGAUGGCAACACUGUGCUCAGACUCAACCUGGGUGGCCACUCCAUUGGCAGCCCAGAUGUUUACAUGCAGAGAAGCUGGACCAGCAGUGAACUGAGGAGAGAGGAAGAUGGAGGCAGAGAAGAGGUGAGGUUUCAUGGGUGGAGAAGCAGAGCUGGAGUGGCGGGGAGAGUUGUUCAGAGAGUUAAUGAUAUGUGGACACCCAGAGCUCCAACAAACCCCAACAACUUUACCAACUCCCGACUCACUGCUGACAACAGUCCUUUCAUGCUGGACUCCACGUUCAGUUACAGCCUGGUCCCACAGCAGCCAAGUCCAAUGUCCAUGUACUCUACAGUCCACAGUGACCUUCAGCGUCCUGACAGCCAUCACAUUCCCUACUCUGUUCCCACUCUGAGUCCUCCUACAGCUGUCAGGCCAUGGGGUCGAGGUAGACGUGGCAACAUGCACCUCUCCGGUAGUGGAGGGAUGACAACAGUUUCAUCAAACUAUGGCUCAAAAUGCUGGAUAGGACAAGAGAGGAAGAGGAGUGAAGAGGCUGCAGGCUUGGACCGAACAGUGCUGACGCCGCUGAAGAAGGGGAGGCUGAGCUAUGAGAGGGUGCCCGGCAGAAGUGACGGGCAGACGAGGCUUAAAUUGUUUUAGACGUGCGUGCUUUGUUUCUGUGGCAUGUUGGUAAAGACAAGUUUAAGUCACUCACUGCACAGUUCAAGUUUUAGCUUAUAAAUUUUUAUAUACUUAAGAAAAUAUUAACAGCUUCCUUCAGAAUGGUUCUACUGCAUGCUAGGUUUCCCAAUUUCUGAAUAAAAUCUCUACAUUUUAGAUGUAUAUGUUAGAGUCAAAAAGCUGCUGUGCUUUAGACAGUUUUUGUUUGUUCCUGCUAGUUUUUAUAAUCACAAAGUUUAGUGAAGUACUGUAAUAAUCGGAAUGAUUAAUUUUCAGACCAAUACAAAAUGAUUAACUUGGAUCAUCUUUACUGCUAUUUCAAAAUAUUUUCAUAAAAUAUUAGCAUUAUAAUAUUUAUUACUUGUUCUAAGACUUGAAUUUGAAUUUCACAUCACAAACUACUUAUUUGCAGUUUAUUAAAUCAAAACUUGCAACACUAUGUUUACUGAUUUAAUCGUACUGCACCCUGUACUUCCUCCUGUUGAGUUGGUGUAACCGAUAGAGUUACAAAUACAGCAUUAAUAAAUACUUAACACCUUUUCUGCUCACAGCUACAUUGAUUCUGCUUCUAAGUCAUAAAUG